GACUCAGCGCGAGGAUCAUGGCGGAUGGCCCCAGGUGUAAGCGCAGAAAACAGGCGAACCCGAGGAGGAGCAGCGUGACAAACUUCAACAAUGGCUUGGAAGCCAGUUCAGACUCGGAUGAUGAGGAUAAGCUACAUAUUGUGGAGGAGGACAGCCUGCUGGAGCCUGACGCYGCUGAUGCUGACGGGGCCACACCGCUGGACAGCCAUGAUGCCGCCAUAACAGUAUUACCACUCAACGGCUCCUGGAACGGAG